AUGCAGGUCCUCGAGGAAGCGGGAGACGAGGGCGUUCCCGUCUACAGCGCCUCCUCAGCGCGCGGCCAGGCUUUCGAAGGCCCCGUCGAGCCGGAAGGAGCCGCCAAGUCCAACACGGUGGCGACUGAGCUCGAUGCAGGGAAGACUGCGGGCGCAGCGAAGGCGCGAGAGUGGUUGCAGCAAGGAGGCGGCUCGGAUCGAUUCGGCGGUGCUCGCGAACAGGCGUUCUCUGCGUUGCCCACCAUAGGCGAGAUCGACCUCGCCAAGAUGAGCGACGCCGAGAUCGCCCAGCACCACUUCCGACUGGCUCAGCAGCAUCUCGAAGCAGCCCAGCGGCUCGCAAUGAUGGCAGCGAGCGCGCCGACUCCAAACCCUCAGCUCCUCACGCCCGCAUCGUCAAUCUCGUCUCGUCACGGCGGGCGACAACAGCUCGAGCGGCGACACGAAUUACCAGCAGGUUACGAGGAGUCGGUCGUCGACCCGGACGAGGCCAGCUUCAGCUCACCCGUCUCCAAAUCGGACACGUCGGGCGAUCUCUCGCUCCUCAGCCCUCGUGAAGCGAUCGAGGCCACGUACGAUAGACGGCAUUCGCGUCGCCUGUCAACGGCUCUGUCGACCUCCGCGCCCGAGAAAUCGCACAUGCCGCCUGCCUCGGCGCCUUCGCCGUCAGCGCUCUCGAUCCGCUCAGCUCCUUCGUAUCGCGCCUUACCGACGGAAUCGACUCCUUCUCGACCACAGCCUCCUCCCCGCCGCGCGACUGUGGGCGCAAGCGCGUAUUCGAAAGCGCAUGAGGCGACGAAGUCGGUCGACUCCGCACAUCACCGCGCGAACGCCGCCGAACACGCUCGCUCGGCUUCAUCCUCGCAGAGCUCCACGCCUCGGUCGACUUCGACUGAUCCGACUACGCCAGCGAACCUUCCGACGGCACCGGCGGCUCCAAGUGACCCCUCGCGUCCUGCGGCUGGAUCUGCGACGGCGCCGAGCGUCCGUUCGCUGCAGAGCGAGCUCGAAGCGCUCGCCGUCGACUACGAGGAUGCGCGUAGCGUGGCUGGAUGGACGGACGACGACGCGAGGAGUGACUUCUUCGACGCUCAGUCGGCCUUCUCGCAUGUCACCUCGUCCUUGCCUCCUGGCUACGAAGAUGCGGCGCCGCCAGUUCCCGCGAUUCCUGCGCACUUCCUCGCAUCGCAAACACCCUCGGCUACAAUUCCCUCGCCCGCGACGCUGCAGCAGCAGGUCUACGCCUCCCCUCCGUCGGGUCCGCCGACGCAACCUCCUCGACGUCCGGCUCGUCCCGACGAAGGCGACGGCCUGCAUGGCUUCCAGCCUCGCCAGACGGGUACUCGAACUGUCGUCAAUGUAUCUCCUGCGUCAACGGCGCCGGCCCAGUCGCAGUACGCUGCUCUCCCCGCGCAGUAUGCUGGGCAACCCGCCCUCCAUGCCGUCUCCGCCGCGCCACAAGCCUACUCUGCCGCCACGCUCGCUCAUCCCGCUCAACUGCAACCCCACUCCUACAUCCUCGGCCCGAAUGGACAGCCCAUUCCCGUCUACGCAUCAUUUCCCGUCAGCGCUGCUCCGCAGGUCGUCCAGCAGCCAGCUCGCGCACCGCUUCCUAUUCACGCCCAGCCUCUCCAGUACAGUCAUGCGCUACCUUAUUACCAGCAGCAAGUGCCUUCGGUGCCAGCUAUGCAACCCCACUCGCGCGUGACCGUCACCCAUCCCGCCCAUCCCGCUCCGCUCUCCUACGGCAGCACGCCUCCAGCAGUCGUCGCCGCUUCCGCUCACGGACUCGCCCGCCACACCUCGGCCUCGUCACUCCCGCUCUACUCGACGCACGUCGUCGCCCACGGCCCGCCACCCCUUCCCACCGUCCCGCAAGGCGCCGUGGUUCGCAACAAGUCCUCCUCGUCUGCGCUCGAUCAGGCUGCCGCCGCCGCCGCCGCGCCGACGACUCGCCCGCCAUCCGCCUGGUCCGACGCCUCGUCGCAGCACUCGGCCGACACGGGGUCGAUGUCGGGCAGGAAGAGCACGCUCGGACGGUUGCGAGCGAACCUCAAGUCUCCGCACGUGCGGUUCAUGUCGCCCGAUCCGACGCAGCUCAGCAGGAAGGACAGCAAGUCGAGCGGUAGCACGGUGAGCGGUACAGGUAACGAUGAGGACGAGAUGGACAAGCGGCGCCGGGCGCUCGCCUCGUCGCUGGGGAUGCUCGUCUGA